AUGGAACCUCUAGCAAGAACGCUGCCGCCAGGGGACGAAAACAUCACCCUGGACUACUGGUCGCUCGAAUACAUGGACCUGCCGGAGCAACUGUCAUGCCCAGUGUGCACCUGUGGAUUCGUGACUCCAUACUCCACAAAGUGUGGCCACACCUUCUGCCGGCUGUGCAUUCUGUCUACAAUGCGUGUGGCGGACUCGGGCAACCGCUGUCCCAUUUGCCGCAGCCAAAUCGACCCAGAAACGCUACAGCCAGCGCCCCUGGUGCUGGUUGAUCUGGUGAACGAGCUGCAGGUCAAGUGCCCGUUCACAAACCGAGGCUGUGCACAUGUGGGGCCCCGAAGCCAGAUGGAAAUGCACUGCCGUCAACAGUGCGACUAUGCACAGGUCCCAUGUCGCGGCAAGACGGAAGAGGGGACAGUAUGUGGCGAACUGGUGCAUCGACGCUAUGUGGCGGAAGAACAUAUCAAGGAGUUGCAACAGCGUCUGCCGGGCGUUACGUGUGUGCAUACCAAGGUCACGUGCUUGCAAGGAUGCGACGUGGAAAUGCCCUUCAUUGCUUACAUUGAUCACUGCAAACAGGAGUGUACAGAGUCACAUUUGAGCUGUCUAUUCUGUCAGGAGACAAUCACCGCACAGCUACAUGACGAUCACAUGUCCGAGUGUUCGGAACGACCCAUUAGUUGUCCGGCCGAGAAGUUUGGGUGUCGAUGGGAAGGUGCAAGACGUCUGAGCCACAUUCAUACAGCUUCCUGCACGUAUUCUCAGCUGGCACCUGUUUUGGAAGCCCAGGAGGAAAAAAUUGAAGGCCUCCGACACGAGAACCAGGCGCUACGGUAUCGCCUAGAUCGUCUGGAUCUCCAGCAGUCUGCAGAUGCGGGCUUUGAGCUGCUUCCCAGUGUCACGCGAGACGAUCUACAAGGUGUGCGAACUGAGUGUGACAAGAUGAGAGGCGACAUCCUGGCCAUCAACCAGUUGCUGGCGGACUACGAGGUGAACACGUCGAUGCAGACGAUGCGGGAAAACAUGCGGACUCGAGACGACAUCCAUGCAAUUGUGAAUGUGGUUUCAGGUCUGCGUCACCAGAUGCAUUUAUUGAUGACUGAGCGACGUCGGCAUUUUGUGGGCCACUCGGUGCCUCCUCUGGGGACUCCUCCUGUUCCCAUGGAGGGCAGUUCAUCCGAAUGGAGCUCUACUCCUCCAGAGCUACAGCGUCGAAGCAGCGAUCCUACCAGGCAGGAGGUGAAGCUAUAG